UUGUGCAUAUUUUCUAUAUAUAUAUAUUAUUUCUAUAUAUAUAUUCUUUAAGAUAUUCCUUUAUACCGCGGGCCUUCGGUAACAUAGCGUGCGGUCAAUGAUAAUGAUUAAAUCCAAAACUUAAUUAAUUCUGUCUUAUAUUAGCUGAUUCUGCGUGAUGUUUCUUCGACAAUAUCGAACGUUCAAGUAUAAUCUUAUGAGUCGAUGACCAUUUGAGAAACAUGUAAAUUUUAUGCUGUGUAACUGAUUCGAUGUAACCAAGUUAUUUAAUUGAGUAAACAUUUCAUACGAAGCUUCUUCUUUAAUUAUUCUCGCGCCUCAAAUAAUUAUACGUUAUUAAUUAUGUUAUCGCCCAGCCCUGAAGUUCGAUCAACAAACGACAAAAUAUAAAUUUAGCAUCUGUUUGAGCAGCGUAAUUGUAUAAAACAAGAUAAAUCGGGAAAUUGCAGGCAGAUGGAAGCACGUUGUAACAGAAUGCUAAUUAGUUUUCCAGAUGGAAUUUAUCCUUCUCUAUCAUCUGGUUACUAUGGUCAUCCACGUUUUUAUUGAGCUUAAUGCGAAACGCAGCCGUCGUCCACUUUACACUCGGAAUGCAUCACUCAGCGUAUAGUAGUGUGGGAGACAGGGACGAAGUUUUGAGUGCGUGUUGUAUGGAUUCAUUCUGUUAUCACGUUACGGUAGAAACCGGGAAAGGAAGAGAAAGAAAAAAGGACGAAAAAGAGUGCGAGAGAGGAUCUUUAUCCGUCCCUGAUCGCACACAUGUGCUGCUCACGUGCGUGUCGGAUAUCUGAGAGAAAGAAGGAGCAAGGGGAAAGAAACGGGUGGGCGGGGGGAGACGUUAAGUAUCCGUGACACCAGAGAGAUGAGGAAAUUUUCAUAUUCGAGGAGGAACGGAAAGAGGCUGUACCGGUCGCCUCAUUGAUGAAGAUAGCGUCGUUGUGAACGGUCAGCGAAAACGUUUCUGUAAUCGCGUUCACGGCAUGGCAGCACGCAGGAGGGAAGAGUCGACCAAACAGCGAUACCAAGCGAACGCUCGAGAGAGAGAUCGCACUCUUAGCGUGAACACGGCUUUCAGCGCCCUGAGAACUUUGAUCCCAACCGAGCCGGCUGACCGCAAGCUGUCGAAAAUAGAGACCUUAAGAUUGGCCAGCAGUUACAUUAGCCAUUUGGACGCCAUACUCAUUGCGGGUGCCAUGGAUCAACCUUGCACGCGUCUUUUAGAAAGUAGCGGCGUUUGUUCGACAAGACCACAAGUUUGCACCUUUUGCUUGGCUAUGCAUAAAAGAUACAAUUUUGAUAUCUCACAGAGAAUCCCGGACUAUUCAAAUGAAGAGACAAGACCGUAUGUCUACGUGCCAUCAACUGCAACGUGUUUUGAUUUGAAUGUGAAUGAUAUCUAA